AUGGCGAAUCCAACCAAUGCAGAAGCCCUCACGGCCUGGGACUUGAAUGCCAGCUUCUGGGACCAGCAUAUGGGCUACGAAGGCAACGAUUAUUACAGAAUCGUGGAACUCCCUUCGCUUGAGCGCACGGCAGCCGUGAAACCCGGCGAUAGGGCGUUGGACCUUGCGACAGGAAACGGGCUUGUCGCGCGCUGGCUAGCGUCGAAGGGUGCUCGUGUCAUUGCAACAGAUGGCAGCCAGGCCAUGAUCGAUCAUGCAAAACAAAGAAGCACAAAUGCUAAUGGAGAAAAUGUCAACUCCAUAUCGUACCAAAUCUUGGAUGCCCCGAGCACACAGAGCUUCGAAAAUUUCAUCGCAAAGGAGACAGCGGAAGAGGGCCCAUUCGAUAUCGUCGUAAUGAACAUGGCCAUCAUGGAUAUCGCUACUCUUGAACCAUUAGCAGCUGCUCUACCAAAACUACUGAAGCAAAAUACUGGACGAUUUGUUGCAACGCUCCUCCAUCCCCUCAUCACCGCUGGAUCCACGCGCGUGCUCGAAUACGGGGAUAGCCGGGAAACAGGACGCGAGGAGGAGCAUGUCAGCCUAAAGAUAACCACAUACCUCCAUUCUCCCGCUCCGAUGAAGGCGGAAGCGAUCAAAGGCCAGCCUUUUUAUCAGGAUGAGGACCAUUGGCUACUGAACAUUGACACCCGUGGCAACUGCCCUAUGUACUUUUCCGCGCUGGACAUCCUGCGACAAACGGAAAUCAGAAGUCCAGUUAAGAGUGGACGAACACAGCGCGUUGCUCUCUGCGUAGACCCUUUAACGGGUCGUUUCAACUACCGAUCAAGCAAGCAAGCACGGUGGUCCUUGCUUGUCCUGGGAAGGACAUCCAUGGAUAGUAUCAACGGCGCGACAUUGAAAGCAUCCACCGCCCGCCCCGUCGCUGCCCCGGCAAAGACCGAGAGAUAA